UUAUGAUGAAUGCGUUCAUAAAUCAUUGCAAUGAUGCAGAGAAUUAUUUUCUUAGAAGAAAAAAAAAAGGCAGUGGUGUUAGGUCAACCGUCAACCCAUAAGGGUAACAUCGUCUUAUAACCAUACCAAACACACCGUCGGGUACUAAAUGGAGUGAACUGGAAGUUGCCUUCAACUAACUCACCUGCCACGUGGCAUCUCUAUUAAAUACUCCCUUUCGUUUUUACACCCCCCUCUCUCCGUUUUCUUUUCUCCAUUUCAUUAUUUUGCAUUAAUCAUAACAUCAUCAAUGGCGGUUCUGUUGCAUUUCUAAAUCAUAUUCUUCUUUUUCAAUUUUAUUUUAUUGAUCGAAGUUUUUGUAUUGGUUAGUUGAGUUAGUUACGUUUCCGUUAUAGCUAUGGAGUUGGAGCACCCAACGACAGCGUUUCAUAACUCCUCCAUGACCUUCGACGAAGUCUCCAUGGAACGUAGCAAGAGCUUCGUCAACGCCUUGCAGGAACUUAAGAAUCUGAGGCCUCAACUUUAUUCGGCUGCAGAAUACUGUGAAAAAUCUUAUCUCCAUAGUGAACAGAAACAAAUGGUUCUUGACAACCUGAAAGAUUAUGCUGUAAGAGCCCUUGUGAAUGCCGUUGAUCAUCUUGGAACUGUUGCAUACAAGUUAACUGACCUUCUUGAGCAGCACACAUUGGAUGUCUCAACCAUGGAUUUGAAGGUCUCUACUAUAAAUCAGAAACUUCUUACGUGCCAAAUUUACACGCAUAAAGAAGGUCUUUGGCAGCAGCAGUUGUUGGCUUUCAUUCCCAGACAUCAUAAGCACUAUAUUUUGCCAAAUUCUGUCAAUAAAAAGGUACAUUUCAGUCCACACAUACAGAUUGAUGCAAAACAGAAUUCAUUUCAAACCAGAACUCGUUUUCAAUCUUCAGGUGCCCCUCCAGCAAAAACUCUUUCAUGGCAUUUAGCAUCAGAGACUAAGUCUACAUUGAAAGGGACUCCGCAUGCUUCCCCAAACAUCGAGAACCCAAAGUUUUCUGCCAAGGCCUCUGGAUUUUUCCACCUUUUAGAUAAUGAAGAGAGCACCUGGAUGAAAUCCUCACCAGCACAAAUUCACUUAACGAAUGGAGUUCCUACUUCUAGUAUACCUGUACAAACUUUGGGCGGCACACGCAGGGAUGCUUUGGAUGGUUCCAAACCAUUGACAGCGUUCAGGUCAUUUGACAACGCAAAUCGCCGUGAGUCUGCCCAAACCCCUACUCGCAGCAGGAGCGUGCUAUCAGCUUUCUUUGUCAAGCAGAAAACACCAAAAUCAAAGGCCGGGUCUUUCUCAUGAUUCAUAAAUAUCUCCUAAGGCAUCCCUCUUCUGUGUCCAAUUACCCUUGGAUGUGUGUAGAUGUACUGGUUUUUUUACUAUUUCUAGAUAAAAGGAUUGGAGAUGUUACUUUAUUCUACCUGGAUACUUAAUUCUUUUUCCUAUAACUAUGCCUCCCCUAAAUGCCCGGAAUUAAUUAGCUUUUGCUUCAAGCCUUUGAAUAAUGAUAAUGUAUAGUAACCGGCAAUGAUAAUGGUUAGGAUCUUGAUAUUCUACUCGCUCAAUGUUACUCUUGUGAAUUGUAAUCUAUAUAUAUCUUCUUUUUCUUUAUUUA